AUGGCUGAGAAGUGGGCUCGGCAAGUUUGCAGCGGGGCCGAGGCGGCGGCGGGGAGUUGCCGAGCCAGGGCGCGCUCGCCGCGGCUGCUCUUGCUGCUUGCGGUGGUGCUGCUGUGGACCGAGGCGCCGGUGCUGCCCGCUCGGGGCCAGGCUCAGCAGCAGCCUCAGCAGCAGUACAACGGUGAGCGCGGCAUCUCGGUGCCGGACCACGGCUUCUGCCAACCCAUCACCAUCCCGCUGUGCACGGACAUCGCCUACAACCAGACCAUCAUGCCCAACUUGCUGGGCCACACCAACCAGGAGGACGCCGGCCUGGAGGUGCACCAGUUCUACCCGCUCGUCAAGGUGCAGUGUUCGGCCGAGCUCAAGUUCUUCCUGUGCUCCAUGUACGCGCCCGUGUGCACCGUGCUGGAGCAGGCGCUGCCGCCCUGCCGCUCGCUGUGCGAGCGGGCGCGGCAGGGCUGCGAGGCGCUCAUGAACAAGUUCGGCUUCCAGUGGCCGGACACGCUCCGCUGCGAGAAGUUCCCCGUGCACGGCGCCGGCGAGCUGUGCGUGGGCCAGAACACGUCGGAGCGCGGCACCCCGACGCCGUCGCUGGGGCCCGAGUUCUGGACCAGCAACCCCCAGCUGCGGCCGGGCUUCGGCGGGGCAGGAGCGGGGGGAGGCGGCGGGAGCCACCUGGCGGACCGGGCGGGCAGGUUCACCUGCCCCAGGGUGCUCAAGGUGCCCUCCUACCUCAACUACCGUUUCCUGGGCGAGAAGGAUUGCGGAGCGCCGUGUGAGCCCGGCCGCCCUUAUGGGCUCAUGUACUUUGGGCAAGAGGAGCUGCGCUUCUCGCGCACGUGGAUUGGUAUCUGGUCGGUGCUGUGCUGUGCUUCCACCCUCUUCACGGUGCUCACCUACCUGGUGGACAUGAAACGCUUCAGCUACCCGGAGAGGCCCAUCAUCUUCCUCUCGGGUUGCUAUACUGCCGUGGCAGUGGCCUACAUUGCAGGGUUCCUGCUUGAGGAAAAGGUUGUCUGCAAUGAGCGCUUCUCUGAUGAUGGCUCACGGACAGUGGCCCAGGGCACCAAGCGUGAAGGGUGCACCAUACUCUUUAUGAUGCUCUAUUUUUUUGGUAUGGCCAGCUCCAUCUGGUGGGUGAUCCUCUCCCUCACUUGGUUCCUGGCUGCUGGAAUGAAGUGGGGCCAUGAGGCCAUUGAGGCCAACUCACAGUACUUCCACCUGGCAGCGUGGGCUGUUCCUGCCAUCAAAACCAUCACCAUUCUGGCCUUGGGGCAGGUGGAUGGAGACGUGCUGAGUGGCGUCUGCUUUGUGGGCAUUAACAACGUGGAUGCCUUGCGGGGCUUUGUGCUGGCGCCUUUGUUUGUUUACUUAUUCAUUGGCACUUCCUUCCUGCUGGCUGGAUUUGUGUCUCUCUUCAGAAUCAGGACCAUCAUGAAGCAUGACGGCACCAAGACAGAAAAGCUGGAGAAGCUGAUGGUGAGGAUAGGGAUCUUCAGUGUCCUGUACACGGUGCCUGCCACCAUCGUCAUUGCCUGCUAUUUUUAUGAGCAAGCUUUUAGGGAACAGUGGGAAAUGAGUUGGUUUGCUCAAAGCUGCAAGAGCUAUGCCAUCCCCUGCCCCAGCAGUCACCACCAUCCGCCCAUGAGCCCUGACUUCACCGUCUUCAUGAUCAAAUAUCUCAUGACCUUAAUUGUAGGAAUCACCUCUGGCUUCUGGAUCUGGUCUGGGAAAACACUCAAUUCUUGGAGGAAGUUCUAUACCAGACUUACCAACAGCAAGCAAGGGGAGACUACAGUGUGAAGUUCACACAUUAGGAAUAGCAAGCGAAAGACCUUGUCGCCUGCCCAUCAUUCCAGCCAGAGACUGGAGGUGAGAAACUCAGGGAUCAGUUUCCUUCGGCAGGGACUGAUCCCUUCAGCUCACAGGAAACUGAUAGGAAAAAGUAUGGUGAAUGGAGAGACCUUUUUCUCCCUGCCUUCUGCUGGACUGACAUUACUGUAAAGUUGGAAAUAUGACUUUGAGGUUGUUGUAAAUAGCCUCUGUAAGAUUUUGUGAUUGAAAGGCGU